UGUGUUGGAGUUUAAGUUGGCGUGGUGUGUUUUUGGAAGGAGUUUAGCUCGUUUGCACUCAAUCCCUUAUUUCUUUCCUCUUUUAAAGCUUUCCUGUCUUCUGGGCUCGGUAUAAAUCUCCUCCAAACCCCAAGAGAAAAGACAGAAAGUGCACAGCAGAUUUUUCUUUUUUUUCUUUUCUUUUUUUUUUUUUUUUAAAUAAAUAAAAAACCAGCCUGGCAGCAUGGACAUGAAAAAGAGGAUCCAUUUGGAGCUGAGAAACAGGACACCAUCUGAUGUGCAGGAACUCGUUCUGGAGAACUGCAGAUCGAACGAGGGGAAGAUCGAAGGCCUCACUGCCGAAUUCGUCAAUCUCGAAUAUCUCAGUUUGAUAAACGUCGGAUUAAUCUCCGUGUCUAACCUGCCCAAACUCGCCAAGCUCAAAAAGCUGGAACUCAGUGAUAACAGAAUCUCGGGCGGCCUCGACGUUUUAGCGGAGAAACUCCCGAACCUGACGCAUCUAGACCUGAGUGGUAACAAACUGAAAGACAUCAGCACCUUGGAACCUCUGAAAAAACUCGACCACUUGAAGAGUCUCGAUCUGUUCAACUGUGAAGUGACGAAUCUGAACGGUUAUCGGGAGAGCGUGUUCAAGCUGCUGCCUCAGCUCACGUACCUGGACGGAUACGACGCCGAGGACCGCGAGGCUUCCGACUCGGACGGCGAGGUGGACGGCGUGGACGAGGACGAAGACGAGGAGGGCGAGGAGGAAGAGGAGGAGGACGGCGAGGAGGAAGAGUUUGACGAAGAAGAGGACGAGGACGAAGAUGAGGACGAGGUAGAAGGAGAGGAAGACGAUGAAGACGUCAGCGGAGAGGAUGAGGAGGAAGACUUCGGUCAGGACGGAGAGGUGGACGAUGAAGACGAGGAUGAUGAUGAAGAUGAUGAAGAAGAAGAAGUAACGAAGGGAGAGAAAAGGAAGAGAGAAGCCGACGAUGAAGACGAGGAUGACGAUGAUGAUGACGAUGAAUAAAAUCCAACCAGCCAAUCAGCUUCCUCCAUAACCCCACCCUCCCUUUUUUUACUCACUGACCUCAGUUGCCCCGCCCCUCGUUUUUCCCUCCCUGCGUUUCUACCCCAUUGGGGACAAGACUGUACUGCGUGGGCGGGGCAUGUGGAACCGAGAGAGCACGCUAUUGGUCAGUCCACUCCGCAUUCCACAUGUUCAACUCCAAACCCCGCCCAUGUCUCUCUUAAGCUCCGCCCCUUCCCUCCUCUCUCUGUGUGUGUGUGUGUGUGUGUGUGAAGUGCCUGUGUGAGGACUUUGGGGAUCUAGUUUUGGGUCUGUGCUUUUAAUAUUUUGUUGGAGAAUUGUUUAUUUUUUCCUCUUUUCUUAUUUUUAUUGUUUGACUUUGCCUUUUUUUUGUUCACUUUCUCAAUAAGAUUAUCGCUAUAGCAACCGUGUGACGAGCGAGCCAUCAUUUUUAGCGUGGCGGCUCGUCACACACCUCCGUGUCACUGCUAAAUUUGUACUUUCUGAAAGACGAAGAAAACAAACUUUGUAAAUAAAAUGACAUUUUGUGCUUC